AUGAGUUGCUUUUCUUGUAUGACCCCUCGACGUAAGAAUGCGAGGGAUUACGAUGAAGAUAUGACCCUGAAAUCCACUGGUUCUUCAGAUCAAUUAUUGCUAGGAUUUGCAGUUGGUGUGAAUGGAAAGGCAGAUUUUAGCGAGAGGAGUGGGGGAAAGGGAAGUUCUGCUGGAGCAAGAGACAUAGAUAAUAAUGGCCAAAAGAGCAAUGUGGCUUGUAGCUUCACAUUCAAGGAACUUGCGUUGGCGACCCAAAAUUUUAGAGAAUCUAAUUUGAUCGGGGAAGGUGGUUUUGGAAACGUUGUUGCUGUCAAACAACUUAAUCUAGAAGGCCUUCAGGGGAAUCAAGAAUUUAUCGUAGAAGUUUUAAUGUUAAGUCUGCUGCACCAUCCCAACCUUGUUAACUUGAUCGGGUAUUGUGCUCACGGAGACCAGAGACUUUUGGUGUACGAGUAUAUGCCACUGGGGAGCCUGGAGUAUCAUCUUUUCGGUAAUCCCUUAUUACUUCAUGCAUCCCCUGUUGGAGUGUGA